UCAGCUCGUUAAAGCUUUCUCAUUGGCGUGCAUUCAUCACCUAUCUCCCCUCCCUUAAUUCCUAAGAAAGAAACAAUUUAAACACACAGACAAAAAAGGUAAGCAGCAAAUUAAUUAUAAAUAGUGUAGAAAAGAACACAAAUUCUCAAAGGAGAGUUUUUUCUUGACAUUUUUUGGGGUUUUGAAUUUUCCCCUACAUAAAAAGAUUUGGGGAUUUUCUCAAAUUUUUGGGUUUCAAUUAGAGAAUUCAAAGUGGGUUUUGAGUUCAAAGAAUAUAUAUAGACUCAUGACAUCAACAACUUUGAGGAGAAGGCUACAUCAUGGGGAUGUUGGUGGCAAAAAGAAUGAGCAGUUUGAUUCUUUGGGCUCUGAUGAUGGUUUGAACGAGCCUUUACUUGGGUACAAUAAAUAUGAUGACAGUGAUCAGGUAUGUACACUUGAAGAUGUGUUGGAUGAAGGGCGAAGGCAGGAACGUCUGCACUGGACACUGCUAUUUUCUCAUUUGAUUUCUCAAUGGGCACAAUGGUUAGCAAAUAUUGUCUUUGUGUCUGGGUCACUUCUUGGCCGGAUUUUUCCUUUUGCCUCAGCAACUCAAGCUGGAUCAACAGCAAAUCUUUUACCUCCUUUACUUAGCCCUUUACAGGUAUUACAUGAGGAUUUAAAGAGCAAAAUCUAUGACUUCGCCCACCUGUUGUUUGCAGAUGUAUGAUAUUAACUUUCUUUG